AUGGUCUCUGUGAGCUGCCAGGAGCUGUUGCCCUCCUUGACCAGCUCUUCCCUGCUAGGGAGCUUUGCCGGUGCUCUGCAGCGCAGCGUCCUGCCAUCCCUUCUGCCGGGGCACAGCAACGAGAGGGCGUCCGGCCACCCAGAAGGCUCUGGCCAUCUCCUUGUGGGCAGCACCAGCCCCUUGGAAGACACCCCGCUCCCCCCAUCCUGUGCAAAGGGGGAAGAUGCAAAACCCCAAGUCGCUGUCUGCGAGCCUCACCUCAGGCUGCCUGAUUUCCGCAGCAGGCUCUCCCAGGGCUUCAUUCCCACUCUGGAGGAGAUUGAGGAAUUCCUCAAGGAGAAGGCUGAGUUCCUCAAAGACGAAGCAAGCGAGCUUCACCCAGCCGGAGGGAAGAUCGAGAUCAAAUCUGAGAUCAGCUUAGGUAGCUCUGGGAGACAGCCCAUCUCCAGUGUGCUUCAAGAAGGUGUCUCAAACGCUGCCCAGCCUGGAGGGUCAGCUGAAGGUAGUGACCAGGCAGUAGCUGCUGGAAGCAUUCCUGUCAUCCUCCAAAUCCAGCCUCUCCAGAUGGCCAGUGGCAGCCCACUAGCACAGAGUGCUACAGGCGGUGUCAGGGUAAACCAGCUGGUUAUCAGCUUGCAGGGCCAAAAACAGUCCCUCCUCCCUCAGGUCCAGCCCCCUGUAACCAUCACGGACCAGAAGUAUGUCAAAAUUGCCCCCCUGCCAGUCUCCAUGAGGCCAGGGGCACUGGGGGACGUGGAAGAGGUGGAGGCAACUCCCAAGUGUCAGCAAGCCCCCCUUUCCCUCAUCCGCAUCCAUAAGUGCUCACACCCGGGCUGCGGGAAGAUGUAUGCCAAGAGUUCCCACCUCAAGGCUCACAUCUGUCGGCACACCGGCGACAAACCCUACACGUGGGCUUGGCCCAACUGUGGCUGGCGGUAA